AUGCGCGGCCCCGCGAUGCUCCUCGCCUUCCGCGCCCUCUGCGCGCUCUCGGCGCUCCGCGGAACCGCGAGGGCGGUGAACAACAGCGGGAGGUGGUGGGGCAUCAUCAACGUGGCCUCGUCCACCAACCUGCUGACGGACUCCGGCAGCGUGCAGCUCGUCCUGGAGCCCGGCCUGCAGCUGCUGAGCCGCAAACAGAGGCGGCUGAUCCGCCAGAACCCCGGCAUCCUGCACAGCGUCAGCGCCGGGCUGCAGAGCGCCGUCAGGGAAUGCCAGUGGCAAUUCCGCAACCGCCGCUGGAACUGCCCCACUUCUCAGGGCCCCAACAUCUUCGGCAAGAUCGUCAACCGGGGGUGCCGGGAGACGGCGUUCAUCUUCGCCAUCACCAGCGCCGGCGUGACGCACUCGGUGGCGCGCUCCUGCUCCGAGGGCUCCAUCGAGUCGUGCACUUGCGAUUAUCGCCGGCGCGGCCCCGGCGGCCCCGAUUGGCACUGGGGAGGCUGCAGCGAUAACAUCGAUUUCGGGAGGCUCUUCGGCAGGGAAUUCGUGGAUUCCAGCGAGAAGGGCCGCGAUCUGCGCUUCCUGAUGAACCUGCACAACAACGAGGCCGGGCGCAUGACGGUGUUCUCAGAGAUGCGCCAGGAGUGCAAAUGCCACGGCAUGUCGGGCUCCUGCACCGUGCGAACCUGCUGGAUGCGCCUGCCCACCUUCCGAGCCGUGGGCGACGUCCUCAAGGAUCGCUUCGACGGCGCCUCCAGGGUCAUUUACGGCAACAAAGGCAGCAACCGAGCCUCCAGGGUGGAGCUGCACCACCUGGAACCCGAAAACCCGGCCCACAAACCUCCGUCGCCCCACGAUUUGGUUUAUUUCGAGAAGUCGCCCAAUUUCUGCACGUCCAGCGGGAAGAUGGGGACGGCGGGGACGGCGGGGCGGGCGUGCAACAGCUCCUCACCGGGCUUGGACGGCUGCGAGCUGCUCUGCUGCGGCCGGGGGUUCCGCACUCGCACCCAGCGCGUCACCGAGCGCUGCAACUGCACCUUCCAUUGGUGCUGCCACGUCAGCUGCCUCAACUGCACCAACACGCAGGUGCUGCACGAGUGCCU